AGGAGUCGCUCGAAUACCAAUGCGAGGUCUGGUGUAAAACCAAGUAUAGCUUAAGCUUUUGAAAAUUUACAUCAAAGUCGAGCGCCUCGUGAGUAGAGCCUUCAUCUCAUGUCCCCUGACAUGAACAAAUAUCUGUGAAGACGCGACCCCCCGGGAUAAUCGGCUAACCACCAAUACAAACGUCAUGUCCACCAGCACAAACCGCCACCCAGCCCAGUUUCUGGUUUUGGACGGUCUCAACUUGCUGGAGAUUCUUCGCGUCUGUUGCACCUUUCUGUGCAUUGGUUUCGUCACAACCACGUUUUUGCAAUACUGCGGCGAAAUCGUGAAAUAUCAUCGAGCAAGGAACCCCGGCGUGGUGGCGAAUUUCGUGGCAGAAGAUGUACUUACUCUAAAACUGCAAAUAAGCGGCAAUGCCCUGAAGUCCUGCGAAAUCCAUGCCCCGCGAACUUGCCCCUCUGUUGGCCUGGGACAGAGCGGAAAGUAGUUAUAUAUUACAAAGGGUCGCCUUAGCAUUGUGAGUGCAUUUUGGGAGCAGGAGGGCCUCGGUAUUUGGAGAAGUGAGGAGAUGUCCUCUCCUUCGUAAGUUGAUCGCCUUGCACUGGCGCCAUAGCCAAAAACAGGCAGCUGCAAAGUCGAAACCGUUCGCAGAAGAGCUGCGAAAGAGGCAAGGAAGGCCAUCAGCAAGUAGAAAAGGGCAUGGGCCACCCCAGUAGCCCUGCCAAGGAAGAGGCUGCACCCGUCGCAACGUCGCUCCGCCAACGAGGUUCCGGACCGGGCUACCUAGUGGCCGUCGCGUCGCCCUAGCUUUAUUUCGUCCGUGUUAGGUUUACAUCGACCUCCUGAAAGCAGAGGCUGCUUUUAUUGUCCCGAAAUUUUCGCAACCACAGAGUCAACCUUUUGGAAGCAUAGGUUGAUUUUAUGGUUGCGAAGUUUCCGGAGGCAUAGCCAUAGAAUCGAUUUCCUGGAAGCAGAUGGUGAUUUUAUGGCCACGACGUUUUAUUUUCUUCAGCCAUUGGCUGGAGAAGACGCGACCCAAAAUGCGCCUGCUUUGCCCCUUUUAGGUCAGGCCCUAUGCCAGAUUAAGGAACCCCGGCGUCGUGGCGAAUUUCGCGGCGGAAGACGUAUCUAUGUGAUUCUCAUUUGGCCAUAAAGAUGAACAUCAUGGCAGGGAAGAUCCUGCUUAAAACUGCCUGCACAAAUAAAAUAAAUCCGAACACAAUGAAAGAACGUGACUCAUUGCCAUUUUUUUCCACGUGAUCAGACCUCCUUCAGUGUAUUGUAAGACAGGCUGAAGAAAGACAAUGACAAACACAGCCUCAUAUAACCAGCAAAAAGAACUUUAACUUACUUCGCACGACAAUCUAUACCUACAGCUCAUCGCCGUUCCCUUUUUUGUCGGCAUUGGAGCGGUACCAAUAUGGGGACUCGUGUUGGACUACCUCGAGUCAAAGCGCACACUGACCACCGCGACCAUGCUUGCGCUCGUAGGAUGCUUCGCCCUCGGGCAAAACCCUGGGUACUUCAGCGCGUUUCUGCUCUUCCUUGGCGUCAACGGCAUGCGGCUUAGCAUCGCCGCGCUAGUGCAGCAGACGUGCAUAUGCGGUGCGAAUAGGUCUGGACCCUCUGGAGGAAUGCAAGGUCUCAUGCUGUCGACUUGGCAUCAGUAUCACAGUAAAGCGGCUAUCCUGCUGGUGCACAUGAGCACCAGGAGCAAAAGUGCGUAAGUACUCUUCACCACGCGAAAAUGACAUUCCCCAAGCCUAGUAGGCAUAGAGCGCGAGAGCAGAUCUAUUUCUCAAAACUUGUCGUGUCGCGCGUAUCGCAGACCAUCUUUUGUGUGAUGCGAAAGCUGCAUCACUUCAAACAACCACAGUCUUCCAGAAGAUCCGGACGUAUUUGCGUUUGAUAGUGGAAGAGCAGCUACGGGCAGGACAGAUACGGUAUUGGAAGCAAGGUGAAUAGUGCUACUGCUACCAUGCCCAUGUCCAUUGAGGACCAUUGAGGAGCUGUCUUGCAUAUUUGAUUUGAAUGAAGCAUCAGUAUUUUAUGUGAUGAGUAGAUGCUCGCCAGCACUCCAACUCAUUUGUCCUCCAAGCGUCGAUCGCACUACAUCACAGGCAAAGCGUUCUGUUUGGCCGCCGCGUUGGAGCUCGUAGGCGUUUUUUUCGGGCUACAAGUAACCAAUCUUUCCUGGGCUGCGCACUACUAUCGAAUGAAAAAAGUUCGUCACGAUCACUCAUGCUCAUUUUUGCGAAAGCGAAUACAAACCUGUCAUGCUUAUAAAAUGCAUUGCCGUCAAAUAAAUUUCGAUUUCCUCCGUGAUUUGGAUUUCAGCCCUUCUCUUGUGUUAAUGCAAUACAAGAAAAAACUGUGACGCCAGUGCCAGAGACAUUUGUCAUGCCAGACCUGCAAAAAAAAGUUGACUGUGGGGAAUUUUCUCCUGUCCAUAACUACGUCGCCGGCAGCAGUAAAUGCGUGGGAAUGUGUGUGGAUUUCAAAUUUGCGUUCCACCUCUGCCUUCCUGUAAUUACGGUUUUGUGUGUUAGCCUGGCGCUUCUAACACGGAUCCCGCAGGUGACUGUACUCGCAAAUAGUAGCGCCCCGAGGUCACCUUCGGCCUCGCUGCAGGGGAGACAGGUAUGUAUUAAAGAAGUAACAAGUUUGCUUGUUGCGAUCAUGUUGAUUCACGAUUUUUUGAAGCAAGUACUGGUUUUCUGGUGCUGUCCGGAUUUGUGUACCUACUCAUCAAGGAAAAAGAGACAUUUGGAAAGCUGCAUUCACACGCGCACACCACAUCCAACACCGAGGUCCUCCGCCCGCGGUCCAUUUCCGGUGCCCGACUUUUCUACGUCGUGGCUGCCAUGAGCUGGUGUGGCUGGGGUGCGUUGCUGUGGUUUGGUGCAUUGUUCGUGACGAAGGAGCUCUAUCGAGGAAAAAAACUGCGUUUAGUGUAAGUAAGUCUCUGAAGACUACAACAGCAUGACGAAUUCACUCUGCAGAAACAGAGCAAGCCUGUCAUGCAUGGUCAGUAGGUGAAAAGAAAAACGCGUAUGAAUAAUAAAGGGCGGGACUUCAGGGCUGUCUGGCAUGACAAGUGUAUGACUACGUCGUGACUAUAUUUUUCUGCACAUGUAGACGAUGACGAGACUUGACUUCUUACAAGCACAUGCACAGUUUUUAUCUUGCAUAGGCUCUACCUCGUGUUCAAUGUGUUCCGGGACGAUGUCCGGGUGCUGGGUAUCCUGUGUGCUAAAAACGUCCCCACCCCCAGAGUUGUCAUGCAAAGUCGAUGGCAUGCCUAAAAUUUGUCUCAUGCGCAAUCCGCCCAUGAGGGCCAUUUUCUAUUAUUACUCUCUGGCAGAUUUUCAUGCUACAAUCAUGAUAGAUGAGAUAAAUCGAUUUGCAACGUGGCUGCACUCCCUAAAUACACUCAGUGACACUGACACUACUUACCAUCCCCGACUCGUCAUGCCAAAAGAACUUGUUGAUUAUGAUUUGUGUAGCCAAACCCCCAACCAUCUUGACUGUAGGGCGGGGGCGUUUUUACUCAGGAUACUGGGGAAUCCGAUGCUCAGGUAUCAUGGGUCGUGUUGAUGCAGUGGCAUGCUUUUCGACGUAGAACGCGUUCUAUACUCUUUUUAGUCACUCAUGUCAUCGGCAAGAGAAGCAAUCCAAAUGUUCUCCGGAAGUAGGAAACAAUCAGCCACAUUUACACUCGAUUGUUGAUUGUUCGAGUGGUUCUUCAGCGGAUCGUUCUGUGUUAUACGAAUAAGUACGGAUGCACCUCGGUGCAUCAUUUUCGAGUCGUUGGUGUAGCGUCUACUAGGCUAGUGGGCUUGGUCAUUGGCAUUCGGCCCUGCCCCGCGGAGUGUUGGCAGGGGCUGUUGGUUUUUAGGCGUAUUUGUUUUCCUGCAUCCUCAGGGCUACGGAAUCUCCCAGAACGGAGGCUGAGGGGCUAGGGGCCCCCUUUAGACUGCCCGGGGAGGGUCUCUCUUGUUGUCUCUGCCCCGGGGCAGUGAAAGGCUCUUGCUUCCAGGUUGGGUAUAUGACUUUGCAGCGUUGAUUAAUAUGCCGCCGCUGGCGGCCGUGGCAGCGGGCCUACUCCUUGCAGGCCAGGUCCAGGUAGGCGGGGCCCUUAGUUGUUCGCAAGAAGUUGCAAUGGGUUAGCUCUCCUCUCCUGCUGGUUUUUCACGGUCUCUCAUUUGUCCGGGCUGGUUCAGCGCGUCCCUUUCCAUGUGGCAGGGCCCUUGCAGUUACACCUCGGAGUGCAAGGGACUCGGGUAGAUGGCUUUGAAUUCACUGGGGGAAACGGCUGUGCCCUACGCCUUGGGUUUUCUGGUGCGGCAAUUGUGGUAUUCAUUCAUCGGCUAACUUCGGGUCGGGAACGGAAGCUGGCUUUGCGGGGAUGUCGCGGCUUAUGGGGUUAGCCUUUGCCUUCGGAGGCCAGCAUUUUCACUGCGCGCACCCAGGGGUGCUGGAGGUUGGUGCCUAUUGAUUCAGCUUGGAGUUGAAAGCCCGACGUGGACAGGGACUAGGGCCGCAGGCGGCCACGGCACUGCUGGCACUCGAGGACGUGUUUCCCGGGCAUACCGGGCGGACAGGGGAGGGCUGGCUUUGUUACCACAAGGCGCGCUGCGCGCCCGGGGCGCAUUCGGGGGGGGGGGCAGCAGGCCCCGGAUGCUUGUCUGCAGGAUGCACCGGCUAGGUGUUAGCACUCACGCUCCAAUCAACUGGCACGCAACUCUUGGCCAGGCGGCCAUCUCUCUUGGGCCUGGUGACAUUUUUGCCCUUGGGGGCAGCAGGGCUGUUUCUGUACUUUGGUGUUCUUUCUCUUGCCGACCGGACAGGAAGCGCCAUCUCAUACUCAUGGCUGGGAUAGGAGUAUUUUAGUCCAAAGCUGUAGGCUCGGAGGCACUAGCAGCUCUCUGUGUGUGGAUUGGCGCUGUGCGGCUCUAGAGCUUCGGCAAGCGAUUUCGGACCGCCGAGCCCGGCGGGGGGCCUGGCAUUUGGGAUCUUAGGCGCUCUGGGUCGGGUUAGCACACAUGGUUGGAUUUGGCACGGGCCUCAUAGGUUGAUGGCAGAUGGCUACUGGCGCUGCCUCCCCAAGAGCCUGAUAGAACCGCGUCGGGGCGCCCCGGGCAGGGCGGGUCUAGGCGAUGUCGACGCUUCUACAAGUAGAAGCAGCGUCUGGGCGGAUAUCGCAGGGGUGGUCUCCCCCUUGCCUUUCUCUCUCUCUUGGCUGGUCUAGUUUGGUAGCGGAACCCACAUGCGCGCCGGUUAUUUGGUGGCGGCCAGGAGAUUUAGUCGCUUGGGAAGUUAUGAGCACGCACAGGCCCGGUUCCGGAAGCGUUGUUUUUAGGCCGGGUUUUUUGAGGCAUGAGGCCCUUGUGUCCGAAGUCAUGGGAAGCAUAUCAUACAUCCUGGGGGCAGACGCAGGGCCACUAGUUGGGUCAAUAGCUUGGGUCUCAUUCGGGGACUACGCCCAACAUAGGUGGAGCAGGGUCGAGGACAGGCAGGCCCAACAUUGUUGAUUGUUCGAGUGGUUCUUCAGCGGAUCGUUCUGUUUUAUACGAAUAAGUAGUGCUGUAAGUACGAGUACGUUACAUGAUAGAUCACUACAGUGAACAAGAAUUUCAAAUGAAUUGUAAGUUGUAAAUAAUAUUAUUACUUAUUUUCCAGCUCACCCUUACCCCUGACCGAUCCGGGGAAGCAAUCUUUCGCGCUGGUUUUAUCCCACGAAAAAAUUGUUACCGUGACACAUUGAUUGAUUUGUAACUUCAGCAAUACAAUAAACUCGCUCUGCAUGACAGAGAAAACUUGCAAUGCAGAGAUCAUAAGGUGGAAAAACACGUAUGAGGCGAGGUUCGAAAGCAUAUCGUGCAUGACAUGCGUAAUUCUCUGUAUAACUGCAUGUUCUGCAAGAUCACAAUGUGUGACUGUAAAAACGGUUUUUCCUUUGCAUACGUUUCGCACCUGAGCUACACCACGAUUAUCUCUUCCAUCGUCGGGUGCUUUUUGCUCUUGAGGUUUGUUUAUGCAAUGCAAAAGCAUCGUACUAGUUAGUAUAAAAUUGCAUUACAAAUUAGCCCAGCAUUACAAAUUGACUUUGUAAUGCUGAUUUACCUUGAGAAAAAGUUUUGUAAUGCGUAAAUGCAAUUACUACGACUACGAUACAACUUUCGCACAGGAUAUUGUUUUCCUGAACAACCGGAAAAACUACCUGAUCACGAUAUCCUGAGUCAAAACGUCCUCCCCACCCCAGAGGCAAGAUGCCCAUUUUGCUACACAAAUGAGCAAGUUUUGGCUGUUUCGCAUGACAAAAGCUUCGAGAUGGCAUUAUAAAAUGCUUUUGAUGGGUCUCCGCAUGAGAAACAUUUUAAGCAUGCAGAUUUGCAUAUGCAGCUCUGGGGUGGGCACGUUUUUCCAUGGGAUACAGGAAACUGUACAGCGACGUGGGCAACAACCUUCUCUGCGCAAACCUGCUCCUCUAUCGCAAGAAAAUAAAACCGUCUCAGUCUCAAACCGUAGUUACUGUAGUUGCAGACCCAGCAAUACAAAUUUGCAGCUCAGCAUCAUGAAGACACGAAAAUAAGACUGUGAUGCGUCAGACACUACAAGGGUGGGACACACAUAAUAUGAAAGAAGACUCUCUAGCAUAUGGAGCAUGACAAUAAAAAUGACGCAAGGAAGUUGCGCAGUGCAAGUUGAGACUGUGAGGCAGUUUUCCUUUUCUCUCGCGAUAUCCUCCCCUUCCUUUUCACUUCCUACCCACUGAUAUCCAAGGAAAAAACGUUGUUAGUGUAAAUUUGUGAUGCGCAGCAUGCAAGAUGAUUGCGUCUGUCAUGCUUAGCAUGCAUCGUAGCGUCCACUAAAGGGCGUUUUCGCGUGCUAUCUGCGCAUGACAGGUUUUUGCUGUCAUGCCAGACAAAUUUGUAAUGCUGUUCCUCCAAAAAAGUUACACCUACAAUCUUUUUUCCUGGGAUAACUGAAGUUUUUCCUCUACUAACAAAUGCAUAAUACAUUUGAGUCUGGAAAUUGGUGAUGCUCUAUCUUGUAUGGUUCAACCAGUUAUUUCAAGCACUGCCAAGCAUGACAAGUUUUUAGUUUUACCGUGCUUUCGCGUAGAUAGUACGCAUAACUAUUACAAAGUAAUGCGUUCCACCUGCGCAAGAAAAAAGCGCCCCUACUUUGCUGGUCAUGCAACACAGAUUCUGCAGGCAUGCAGGAGAAGUACCAGAAGUUCCGCACUUCACGAUCCAUACCCAGACACAAUAUUUGCAAUGCAUAUCUACUGCUGGGCCGCAAGUCUGGGACUAUGUCUUGCAAUGCAGCUGUGUCUACCGCCGCUGAUUGUCACGCGAUUUGUGGAUAGCAACAGCCUCCCAAACGGGAAUGGCGAGGAGGGCAGUGAGGAGAAUAAUAGCAACAAUUUUAUUUCAACAUCCGAUCCAUCUGCACCCGGGAUGGUACAUAACCAAGCGACCUCGUCUUCAUCCACAGCGGGAAUAUCAAACAAGAACAGAAUAGAUGGAGUAGGUGGACCUCCACCACAACUAGGUAGCUCUGGCUCCUCCUCUUCCUCUCAGCCGCUACCCGACCUGCCCUCCCAUGCAGCAGACGCGGCUUCUACUACCACCGUCAAGCCGCCCCCUUCUGAACAUCGCCAUCUGGCCGGGCUGCUGUUCUGCCAAAACUUAGCGAUAAUAGCAGCGAAAAGCAUUGCGGACAAUUUCGCGGUGGCCGACGUCUUCGCCGCCAGCGGGGAGCCACCAAGCCACGCAAACUGCUUCGUGCUCUUUGCGACGGUGUUGUUUACGGCGAAUCUGCUGCUGGCAAAUAAACUCGCUUACCCUCCAGAAGAGUACACGCGUUAUUAUACCGGAAGAGCAUAAGUUUGUCUUGUACUACCUGAAUUCCUGUCAUUGUAUAAAACACUGCAAAUGAAAUUAAAAUGCAGAUGAGACCGAAAGAGUAGAGGCAAGUUUGUGUCAUGCAGAGUGCAGUUUGCGUUGCGAGUUAGCGACGGGAGAGCUACGACCACAAAGAAGAUUUGCGCGACGCUAAAAAUUGUUGCAACGCAAACUCAUUUUUUUUCUGGUAUUCGAUGGGUGUACUUUUCUGCAGAAUAUCGCUACGAAAGAGGAAGAAUUGGCAAGGGUGAAGAUGGGCCUCGCAAUAUCUUGUGUAAAAACGUACCCAUGAUGAACCCUUAGUCAAGUACAUGGGAGACCUGCUAAAAGACAUUCACAUCAAGAUGGGAGUAGAGGAUGCUGCUAUUAAAGCCAGAGGAAAAGAACCCGGCAAUCUUGUUCAUCUGCUUCUGGUUUCUAAGACCAGCAUGGUACGUCCUCGAACCUCCGGCUACGCAUUGAUUAUGAGCGUCAUCCUUUAUUUAUAUUUAUUCCCGGGCACGCAGAUUUGCAUGGCAGCUGUGCGGUCGUGGGUCCGUUUUUCUUUUUGCACUGGAUACGGUAUGGGCGGCGGAACCGGCGUUGGCGUUGGUGGAAGACAGCAGCUGCACGGUGGGUUGCAGGAAUGAAGAUGAUGAUCACUAUAUUACACUGGAUGGUGGAUCACAUACAACUUCUAUGUAGUUCUUGUCCCUGCGCCUUGUUGACCUCCGGCCACGCUGCCUCUUCUCGCUCUUACGUGGCACUACAACUACUACAGCACAUUUCUCUAGUAGAAGCCGCCCUAUGUUGCCGCGAAUACACCUGAGCCAGAAGGUAGUGCAGUAGGCAGAAGAAGUGUUGACAAUAUUGAAGAAAUUGAUCUUAAGUGCAGACUUGAUGACGAAGGUCAUUUUUGAUCGCUUUGGUCGUAGUGCUGUGUUUUUGUCAAUAACAAUAUGUUGAUACAGGUAGAG